AUGGCCAGCCAGGAGCACCACCACCUCGGCGGCAUAGUCCCCGGUGAAAUCCCCAUCCCCCACGGCCCCCAUGAGGAUGGCGACGACCGCGACGACUACCCUCUCGAUGCGGAUGAGCGCCGUGUUUUCAGCCAUGUCACCCGUCCCGAUGACAGCUACACUCCCGACGGCACCUACUGGGCCGACCUGCCCUUUGGCGAGCGUGUCAAGUUCGUCUCUGCCGUCGACCGACAGGCCGCCAGCGAGGAGCUGAGCACCAUCUGGUCAAUGAUCAAGAAGGAUCCUCUGUCUCCCGUCUCUUGGUAUUUCCGCCAUGCCGUCAUUCCUGGUGCCGGUCUUGGUCUGGAAGGCUACGUUCUUUUCUCUAUCGGUAACCUGUCUCCUCUCUUCAGCCAGGUCUGGCCCGAGUGCUGGGGUUCCAAGCCUACCGUUUGCGACCCCAACUGGAUUGCCGCUGUCACUUAUCUGGAAGUUGUCGGUAUCAUGAUUGGUCAGGUCAUUGUUGGUGUUAUUGGUGAUUGGAUUGGCCGUCGCUGGGGUCUCAUUCAGGAUGCCAUCAUCAUGUUCAUCGGUCUGCUCAUGCUCACUGCCAGCUGGGGUAACUCUCUCCAGGGCUGGGUUAUUUGCUACGCCUGGUCGCUGUUCUUCUACUCUCUCGGUGUCGGUGGUGAAUAUCCCAUCACUGCCACUUCUUCCCUCGAGAGCGCCGUCACUGCUGGCAAGCUCUCCACAAAGGAGGAUCGUCUGCACCGUGGUCGCCGUGUCACCAUGGCUUUCCUGAUGCAAGGUUGGGGUCAGUUCGUCAACCAGGUUCUGCUCAUUGUCCUACUCGUCAUCUUCAACCACGGCAAGGGCGGCCCCCCUUACACCAAGGAGGCUGCUCAGUUCACUUUCCGUCUGUCCUUCGCCUUCCCUGCCAUUGGCACUCUGUGGCUCGUCUACUACAGAACUUGGAAGAUGCCCAAUGCCUCCAAGCAGCUCGCCGAGGCCAAGAGCCGCACCAGCGUCACCGGUUACGAUGUUACCGCCCUCAAGUCUUGCUUUACUCACUUCGGUGGUCGUCUGCUCGCUACCGCCGGUACCUGGUUCUGUAACGACGUCUUCUUCUACGGCAACAAGCUCUUCCAGGGCCAGUUCAUCAAGGUCAUCUCCGACAACCCCAACUCCCUCCUGACCACCUGGUCUUGGAGCUUGGUCAACAUUGUCGUCUCCCUGGCUGGUUACUACUGCGCCACUUUCCUCAUCGACAACAAGCUCUAUGGCCGUAAGUGGAUGCAGCAGAUUGGUUUCCUCAUGUGCUUCCUCAUGUUCGUCAUCCCCGCGUUCAAGUACGAGUACUACACCAGCCCCCAGGGUAUCCACGCUUUCCAGGCCAUGUACUUCUUGUCCUCCUUCUUCAACCAGUUCGGCCCCAACUCCGUCACUUUCCUCAUUGCCGGUGAGGUUUUCCCCACCCCCAUCCGAGCUACUGCCCACGGUUUCUCUGCCUGUCUCGGAAAGGCUGGUGCUCUGCUUGCUUCGAUUCUGUACAACUACAUCGACAUCCAGACCCGAUUCUACGUCGUCCCAUGGUUCGGCCUUGCUGGCAUGUUCCUGACCUGGCUUUUCCUCCCUGACACCACCGGUCUCGACCUCAAGGAGCAGGAGCGACGAUGGCGCUACAUCCGCGACGGCAAGGCCGACCAGUACCACGGUGUUGCCGUCCACCCCCACCACCUGUCCCUCUGGGAGAGAUUCCGUGGCAUCAGCAAGUCUUAUGAUCCCCAGGCGGACUGGAAGGCGAAGGUUGAGGACAUGCGCGCUGAGUGGGAGGCUGUCCAGGCUGCUCGUGGACCCAAGGAGACCGAGGCUGACCACAGUGGCAUGCCUGAUGAUGGCGAGUUCUCUCCUGAGAUCCACGCCUUCUUCAAGCGCUCCAGCCCCGCUGCCCGCUCCAAUGGUGUCCUGAAUGAGAAGACCGUGAGCGACGAGGCUUCUUCCGAGUAA